AUAACGUUGGAAUUUCAUCGAUUAAUACGAAAUUGAAUAAAACUGCCAAUAAAGUUAAUAUUGUCUGUGGCUACGGUUGGACAUAAGAUUAAAAAAAUAACAGAAUAUGUUUCAUGGUGUGCUAUCUAUAUUUUUAUUAUCACAUCUUCCACAUAAAAUAAAUUCACAGAGUGUUUGCGUGCCGAAUACGUAUUUUAUACUAAACGGUCGUGUUUGCUUUUGCAAUUAUCAAGGUAGGUGGACUGAGGAUAAUUGCAAAACGAUACCUCAAAGGCAAUCGUGUGAAACUGGUCAAAUAAUAUGGCAAGGCUGUAAGCAAUGUAUUUGUAAAGACAACAAUCAACUUCAUUGCACCAGUGCGUAUUGUUAUAACACAACAAAAUCUUUCACUCAAAGUCUGUCUGAAUAUGGCCAAAGUUGCACGCCGUUCCAAUCAUACUAUGUCAAUUGUAGUCUUUGCAUUUGUCCAGCAUCAGGGAUAUCGUUUGACGCAAAAUGUUCUAUUGACAAAUCAUGUAACGUAGACUCGAAGACUAUGGACAUCGCAACAAUUACCAAAAUAAGCUGCAUACCUAGCGUCAUGUAUUUAUUUUCAUGCCUUCAAUGCCUUUGCUCCGAAAAUGGUGAUUUUGUCGUUGAUAAGUGUUUAGGGAAAUGUCAACCGCAAGCACACCAGAGUAAAUGUAUCGUUGGCACACUUUAUAGAGAUAAUUGCAACAUCUGUCGAUGUCCAAAUACUGGUGUACCAAAUGAUAAACUUUGCAUAAAAGCAAAUUGCAAAGAUAAAUCCAGACAAGUGAACAUUUUGAGAAGCGUUUCAAAUCAAUGCACUCCGUAUACUUUUACUGCACCUAAAUGUCUUUAUUGUGACUGUUCAAACCAAACUGUAAAUGAAAAUUCUUGUAUUGAACUGAAUUGCUCUGUAACAUCUGAUUUCGAAUAUAAUGCUGAAAGUGAAUCAUGUAUAACUGGUGAAUUGGUACCAAUUUGUAUGGAAUGUUUUUGUUCUAACAAUGGUUUGAUUAAUGAAACAUAUUGUACUAGAAAUUGCUCAUAUCACAGUAAAUUAAAUGUUUUAGAAAGAGUUUUGAAUGAUAGUCUGAUUGACAAUAAUCUUAUAAAUAAAAGCAAAGUUAAUAGUAUUAAAGCUAAUGAUACGUGUAAGACAAAUGAAAUAUAUUACAAGAAUGGUAGAUAUUGUAUAUGUCCUGAUAAUAAUGAAAAAUAUGAUAAAAAUAAGCUUUGCACUUCUGUUAUUGAACGUUAUAACCAAGUACCUCAAGCAUCUCACAUGAAAUUUCCAAAAAAUAUGAAUUGUGAACCAAAUACAUUUGUCAACAUUGAUUGCAAUACGUGUUACUGCUUCAAGAACGGCAAGAUUGAUCCUAAAUGGUGUACAUACGAUGACUGUGAAGUUAAACAAAAAAUACAAGAGAUACAUAAACUACACUCGUCUCAAAAUUCCGUUGAAGAACCGAACAGAACUUGCACACCCGGAUCUAUAUCAAAAGUAAAAUGCAAUUUUUGUAUUUGCACCGAAAGCGGAAAAUUAGCUGACAGAGCGUGCACCAAGAAUAUUUGCUAUGACAGCUUCGAAGUAAUUGAUGAUAAGUUCACAUGUGAUCCACUUGCUUAUUAUGAAGUCGACUGUAAUGUAUGCUACUGUUCACAGGAUGGACUUAAAAACGUAGAUAAAUGCACGAAGAAUAAAUGUGAAAAGAGUUUUUUGAGGACCAAUGACUGUGAACCAGGUCAGUUGUUUAGUGAUGAAUGCAAAGUAUGUGUUUGUCCGCGAAAUGGUAAUAAAGCCGACAAAGUAUGCACUAAUAGCACAUGCGGUACCCUACCAUGGAACACCAUUGAACUAACACCGAGCCUAAUGCAAAACCAAGUCCGUGAUCAAACAACAAGGAAAUUGGAUUUAUGUUUUCCGGGCGAGGAAUUUGCAAUGGGAUGUGAUUAUUGUGUGUGCCCUGAUUUAGGUUUGAAGAUUUAUGCAAACUGCGAACCAUUACUCUGUGAUGAGAAAAGCGAAGAAGGGAACAUCUCUUCAGAUAUCUCUAUUAAUACCUUGAGAAAAUGGGAUGGUAGGCAAAGUAAACCAUAUCGGAGACCUAGGAUCAGAGUCAAUAGAGAAAUCCAUAAUACAUGCUUCAUAUAUAAUAUAUCGCAAAGCGCCGAAAGGAAGGAAUGCACGCCUGGAACUACGUACAUAAUCAGGUGUAGGCAGUGUAUCUGCCCAUAUAUUGGAAACAUUAAUAAUUUUUGUCGUCCGCUACCCAAAUCGUUUUAUUGUGAAGAAGCCUACCCUGGAUUCAAUUACCUGACCAUGGGCCGAAGAAAUACGAAAAAUGUUACCUCACUUACAAGCGUAGUUGAAAAUAUAAAAAUUAAAGAAACACAACUGACAUUAAAAAUAAAACAUUUAAAUCAUACAAUACAUAAAUGUCAGAAGCCGGGAAAAAUUUCAGACGAAUGCUUUAUAUGCGAGUGUGAAAAUGAAAAUGUAAUCAUAGAGGAACACUGCUAUAAAAGCGAGGAAGAGAAAUGUGUUAAUGCAAAACCGAAUUUUUUGAAUGGGAAUAAGGUGGAAAAUUAAAUGAGUCUUGAUAUAAUGUGAUUUAAUUAAAACUUGUUUUAUAUAAUCGAUAUUAAAUUUACUGAUCC